AUGGCACUCAUGUCGUUUUCCCCGGCGCACCAAGUUGUCCAUGAUAAUGGCCGCCAGCAAUUCGUCGUCAUCUUGAGUGACAGAGAUCGAGCUUUCAUCAACUACAACAUUCUUCCUUCUGGAGUUCUUGACUUGUUUCAUACAGAAGUUCCAGAAGCCUACCGUGGACAGGGCAUUGCAAAGGUCUUAGCAAAGGAGGCGUUUGAUUAUGUUGUCGCAAAUGGACUUCGAAUGCGCCUCACUUGUUGGUACCUGCAGAAAUUCCUUCGAGAUAAUCCCACCCAGGAAUAUUUGAGUCACCUUGAAUAG